AGGUCCGGAGCCCCGCCCCUUCCGCUUCUCAGACCUGACCUUCCGGCAGCUGGGCCGCGCGCUCUGAGCCGACAUUGACGGGUCCUCGCGAUUCGACCCGACGCGCCCACUCUAGCGACAUCAUGGUGGCCUACUGGCGACAGGCUGGACUCAGCUACAUCCGAUACUCCCAGAUCUGUGCAAAGGCAGUGAGAGAUGCACUGAAGGCAGAAUUCAAAGCGAAUGCCGAGAAGACUUCUGGCAGCAACGUUAAAAUCGUGAAAGUGAAGAAGGAAUAAUCUACCCUGACUACAGCUUGAAGUGCUGCAUGUUCACUGUGAGGAGGUGUGGGCACGUGUCGUGGCAGAUUGAAAAGGAUCUCACCUCCUGGGGAAAUACAUACAUACCCGUCUUGUGCAUAGAUUGACAAUGCCAAUAAAGUGAAGCAUGGUCACUCUU